AUGGCUCUGCGCGCAUUCCGCCGCACCGUCAGUCUGGAUGUUUCGCAGCUAGCUGGUUCUAAUGACCGCAAAACGGUCAGUACGUUUAUCGUCGAACAUUUCGCGCGCCAUAAGAUUCACGCUGUUCAGUUCAUCGGCACUGUUGCAAAAGUGACCUUUGCCGUUGAGGCAAGCAAACAAGAGGUCAUCAGUAACUAGGCAAUCAAUAUUAAUGGGGUUCAGUGUGCGGUCUGGGGAGGUGGUCCUCGGGCGCAAGAUGUUCUUGUGUACAAUUAUCCUGUUGAGGGGCCUGAGGACCCCAUUCGUAGAGCGCUGGGUGUGUAUGGGGUAAUUGAAGAAGUCAAGUUUUGUCACUGGGCGCAUAUGCCGACUGUUGGGGAUGGGGUUCAUAUUGUGCAUAUGGUCCGCCGCGAAGCUAUCCCGCGGCACAUGUCUAUUGGUGAAGUGUGUGUUAAAAUUGCUUACGUUGGUCAACAGCAGGUGUGCGACUUGUGUGAUACACCUGGCCAUAUUGCGCGGAAUUGCCCCUAUCGGAAUAAGUGUUUCCAGUGUGGGCUCAAGGGCCACUUUUCGAGGAAUUGUCCUCAGCUCGCUAAUUACCGCGAUCGUGAUUCCAUUCUGGAUGAGUUAGACCCCACCCCUGCUGAAGCCGCUGGCCGUGCUGUCUCUGCUGCUGGCGCUGCUGCUGCUGUUCCGUCUGAGUCCACUGAUGCCCCGCCUCGUUCCGACGCAGAUUCCUCGGACGGGGUGUCUGUGUCUUCUGCUCUUGUUGCAUCUGCCACUGGUGCUGCUUUGGAUGCCGAUAUUGACUUGUCCAACUCCGAGCUUACUCCUACUGUGGGUUCCACUCCGUCUCCACCUUCUGAUGCUUGUGACAACCAGCUCGACGAGUUGGCUAGCCAGUCCGUGCUCUCAUCACCUACUCCGUCUGGUGAAGACGUUGACUCACUGCAUGGGGCUACCAUUGAGUCUGCCGUUUUUGAUUCCCUUGCGUCCCUGUCUUCCCCUGGCCAGGGCCCUCCCAGCAGUGCUUCUAGUGUCUGGCUUUUGGGUAAAAUUAAGCAAAGGGUUGGGUUGCAUAAAAAGAAAGACUCUAAAGUUCUUGACAAUGUUAAUGUUAGUGAUACUGGUAAUGGAAUAGUACAAAGUAGUAAUGCAAAGACAUCUACUAGUAAUAGUAAUGGCAAUAAUAAUGUUAGUGAUAUUAGUAGUAAUGCAAAGACAUCUAUUAGUGGCAAUAAUAAUGUUAGUGAUAUUAGCAGUAAUGCAAAGACAUCUAUUAGUAAUGGCAAUAGCAAUGUUAGUGAUAUUAGUAAUAAUGCAAAGACAUCUAGUAGUGAGAGUGAAUACAUUGGUCUGGGUGUUCUUGCUGGUCGGGAAAACAACAGCGAUAUGGAAUUGGAGGUUGAAUCUCAAAAACGUCCACACCCAGAUUCUGAUUCAGUUGACUCUGUGGAUGAUAAUUCCUUUGCUGCGCCUGAGGCGCCCCCUCCCCCCUCGUUCCUCCAAAAAGAAGCCAGCUGUUGUCGUCUCUCCAGGCACUGCUAGGCCCGUUGCUGUUGACCGUGACCGCAGCCGCAGUCGGUCCCCUAAGCACUUGCCUUCUGCCACUCGUUCCACCUCAACUGGAACCCAUGCUCUGUCACCUUCUCUUGGUUAUGUGCCGAAACCUCCCAGGAGCUCUAGUGGCUCUAAGGGCUCCAAACCGAGGUGAUUCUUACUCAAAUGGUUCAGUCGUUGUUGGUGCAGUGGGUCAGACAUUUUGUAAUCAAUCCAGCUGGUCUGCUUUUGUGCAUUUCUGGUUUCACUCCGUCUUUAACUCUUCUCCGGUGGAUGUGUUUUCUCGGCCUUUUGCUUUUAGCCCUUGUGCUCUCCCUCCGUUUUAUCAGUCGUUACUGUUGGCCUGGCGUGCUGUCGAUGGCUCUUUCUCUCGGUCGCGGGUGGCCUUAGUUAUGGCCUCGUCAGACCCCCAUUUGUUUGCUUUGGCUUCUUCCAUGACAGCCAAAUCUGCCUAUCUUUACUUGCUGUCUGUUAACUUUGUUCCCCCUCACUGUGAAGAAAAGUUUCUCCCCCAGUAUGGUUCUCUGUAUUGGUCAACUACCUGGAGGCAGCUUAGCUUCUGCCCUGUCGAUAGAUCUGUCAUUGAUGUAGCUUGGGAGGUGGCGCAUGGUGUUCUAUACACUGCUGACCGGCUGAUCUCCUUUGGGUAUGAUUAUGACCCAAAUUGUUUUUGUGGCUCUCUGGAGACUCCGUCUCACCUUUUUUUCGAGUGUGCUCUGGCUCAGAGCGUUCUUGGCUGGAUUCAGUCUCUUAUGUUUUGCGCUUCCUCUUUGUGUCCUUCUCUGUUGUGUCGUCAUGUCCUCUUUGGCUUCUCUGCUUCUGAGCUUGCUGUGGUUCCUCGUGUUUUUGUUUACUUGCUGAAUCUUGCCAAGUACUUCCUGUGGAGGGCACGUAAUGAUUAUCGUUUCCGUGAUGUCCAGCCUGGGGCUCUUCCUCUGAUUGAGGUUGUUAAGGCCCGUGCAAAGUGCCACCUUUGUAUCCUCUUUAAAAGGUUCAGGUCAUCACGUCGUCAGCGUUAUUUUCACAGGCAGUGGGGAGCAAAUGGCGUUGUUGGGAGAGUGUCAGAGGGUUCAUUUUACUUUUGUCUUUAGCUUGAGUGAGCGUGUCUAUGGUCUCUUGGUCGCCUUUGGUGGUUGUACUGGGUUUCCUUUGUUCUUGAGUGAGUGUCUCUUGGUUUCUUAGUCGCCUUUGUUGGUUGUACUGGGUUUCCUUUUGUUCUUGAGUGAGUGUGUCUCUUGGUUUCUAGGUCGCCUUUGUUGGUUGUAUUGGGUUUCCUUUUGCUUGAGUGUGUCUUGCUUCUCUUAGUCAUCGGUGGCUAAGAAUUGUCUUUCCUCGAGUGAGUGUGUCUUGGGUUUCUUGGUCGCCUUUGUUGGUUGUACUGGGUUUCCUUUUGCUUGAGUGUGUCUUGCUUCUCUUAGUCGUCGGUGGCUAAGAAUUGUCUUUGCUCGAGUGAGUGUGUCUUGGGUUUCUUGGUCGCCUUUGUUGGUUGUACUGGGUUUCCUUUUGCUUGAGUGAGUGUGUCUAUGGGUUCUUGGUCGCCUUUGUUGGUUGUACUAGGUCUCCCUCUUAUUUGAGAGAGUGUGUCUCCGGAAUGUUCGUGUCCGUUUCUAGUUUCCUAUUAGUUUAGUUUCAGUUUAGUUUUUAGUUUCCUCCUUUUGGAGUGGUUCCGAGUGAGUGUGUCUUUAGUUUUAGUCAUGGUUUUAGGCAGUGCCCGCGUCUUUUAACUUGUUCUUUUGUCCCAUAGAUGUUUGUCUUGUACUGUGCAUGUAGGGGCGGGGGUUCAGUUCCCCCAGUCAGUUUCUGUGCUGGUGCACUGCCCCGUUUGAUGUGUGUUUGGUACUAGACGUUAAGUCUGGCGGCAUUGCACUACCCUAGUGGGGGCCAGCCAUUCACCUCAAAUACAAAAAAAACUUACCUGACACUUGAUUUCACGACGCGGAAAUUCUACCUUUUUGGGACGAUUUUGCGUUUGGGAACUGGCUUUUUGGUGAGUGUAACUGCUUUUCCGUAGCGUGUGCAAGUCUUCGUGACCACCGACGUCUGUGGAUGAGUGGUUUGGCUUGUCUUUGGCUUACUUGGUAGACGACUUGGUUUGGUCAAGCUUCGUUUUUGUGUAAGUUUUCUACUUGCUUUUUUGGGUGGGUCGCCCAUCUUUUUUGGGUCCCUGCCCGUCCGGGCUUAAGUUUUUGCUUUCUCCUGCCGGCUUUGUCCAGCAGGUUUCCCUUUAUUUUUCUUCUUUGCUGUCUGGCUGCUAUGGCUGGCACCAGAACUGUAGUUGUUGACUUGCGUGAUUUCCCACCAAAUUUUGAACAGGAAGAUAUUGCUAAGAGAUUUUAUGACCAGUAUGGGGAGGACUAUCCCAUUGACGCAAUCCAAAUUGUUCCUGGUGGGGUUUGUAAAGUCACUUUCAAAUCUCGUGAGUCCAAAAUUUCUUUAUGUGGUCAGGAAUCUCUCACUUUUGGUGGAGUUGACUGUCGCGUUCUAAAUUAUGCUAAACGUGUGACUAAAGUCCAAAUUCAUUACUACCCAGUUGAGGCUGAUUUAGAUCCAUUAGGAAAUGUCCUUGCCCAAUAUGGGGAGAUUAAAAAACAUCGUUUCCAACAUUGGGCUGAUAUGACUGAAGUUAGUACUGGCACCCGCCUUUUUGAUAUGAUUCUUAAUUGCGUUAUCCCAUGUACUUUAAAGGUCGGUCAGUCUCGUGUGUGGUAUAGGGAUCAGCCCCUUCAGUGUGAUAUUUGUCAUGGGAAUCACAAAGUUAGUGAGUGCGAUCUUCGCGGUAAAUGCCGUCGGUGUAGGCAAGAGGGCCACUUUUCAAGGAACUGUCCUGUGCCGUGGGGCCGUACUGAUAAUGUUGUUCCCCGGGUCUCCCCAGUGAGUGAUCCUUCCCCUGCUUCGUUGUCUCUAUGGGUCAAUCUAGGAGUGUCGCUAUUGGUGAUGAGCGCAGUCGUAGCCGUUCGCCUGUUAGGCGUUCAUUGUCUGCUGGGCGCUCCCCUCAGCCUGCUAUGCAUCAGCUACCGUCAAGGGUUGCUUCUGUCCCCAAACCUACGAGGGGUUCUGAGAGUAAGCGUAGUUCCAAAAAGUCUUGAGUUACCUACCUAAUUCAAAUGGCAGUGUCAAUAAUUUCACUUAACAUCAACGGUAUUAGGAGUCCCAAUAAAUGUGCGGGUCUCUUGCAGUGGUUGCGAUCUCUUCCUGUCGUUCCUGAUGUGGUGUGCCUUCAAGAGAUACACUGUGUGCGACGCCGAAUGUCAAUCUUGGUUUCUCUCUUCUGGUUUUCAGUCUGUUGUGUCACCGGGCUCAAACAAAUUCUGUGGUUGUAUUAUUCUCUUUUGUCCCUCUUUGUCUCUUGUUAAGGUUUCAACAGAUAAUGUGGGUCGUUUUGUUAUGUGCUAG